AAAGGCUCAGAAUCGCACAAACCCCCCCCCCCCCACCGCCUGCCGCCCGUCGCCUAUCCGGCACCCGGGCUUCGUUCCUUCCCUGUUUCCGUUCCCUUGUGAAAAUCCCUGGUCCUUGAUGAGGUCGUACGGUUUAAGUUAGGAAAGGUCCGACCCGAUUUGUUCUUUACUAUUGUUCCCGCGAUUAUUCAAAUCCCGUCAACCGUCAAAUCCAAUUGCGAUUUCAUCCAAUCUAUCAUUUUAUCUCACUUUAUCAAUCAAAAGCACAUUACACCAAAAACAACUUACACAACAUAACCUCCUACCUUUUUUCUCCUUACUUUUUCUACUUUUUAAAAUUUUCAAAGUCCGCUCAAUGCGUCUUGACUGAAUAGCCUGGAAUUAAAAUUUAAUUACUAUCGCCUCUUUAUUUAAUAGCGCAACGUUGAUCCCCGACAAUGCCAAUAAUGCCAAUUCGCAACCCUUUCUCGAGACGUCCCGGCGCGCUCAACCUGGAUAUACAGGAUGAGAACGUCCGACCCGGUGUAUACUCUCCGCAAUCCGGUUUUGAGAAGGUCGACAUAAUUGGCUCUAAAGCGUCAUCUUCUCUGAGCAUCCGGAGCACGAAGAGUCGGGACACCGGAGAUUACAAGAUGAGCGUGGUGAACGAUAGCGGGGUCUAUCUCCCGCCUUCGCCAACCGAAGACAAAGCCCUCUGGCCGAGACGUUCGGCCGCAUCUCGAACAUCCAUGGAUACUCGCAGCAGCUUUGGCGACAUCGAACAUUUCUCUAUUUCUCGCGAAUCUUUCGAUUCUUACCGUCGAUCCUUUGAUAUCUCUGCUAGGUCGCCAGUCAUAAUCCGCGACCAACCGCGCCAGAGCCUUGAUUCCGCUCGAUUCCCUCAAUCACCAAGAAUAUCUAUCAGAAACCGCCCCUGGGACCCUCCAACGGCCGAAGAAGGUUUCGAAGACGUCGGGUUAAACGAUGACCAGAAGCAGCAGCCGAAGAAGAGGGGGUUCUUUUCUAAGUUUUCAGAGUCGCAAGAAUCCCCGGCGCAUACACAGGGACUAGGAAUGUCUCGGUUUAUUCCGGGGCGCAAAAGAGCGCAAAGCGGUCAAGGUGCAGAAUUGGGCAACAUCGAACGACCCAAGUCCCCGCAGUCCAUUGUCGAGCAAGAGAUGCAGUAAUUAUUUCCUUAUGAAUGAAUGAGUUCAACACAAGAUGCAUAUAUUUACGGCGUUAAGAUGGUAUAGGAAAGGGCAUCAUGAUAUCUGAGUGGUCGCUUGCCCCCCCUUGUUCAAUGAUUUCAGGUUUAGUCGCUCGCUUCCGCCAUACGGGGCUUUAUGGGGUGGUCAGGAGCAAGAGGCAGAUCAAACAGUUGCAGCCGGAAACCGGCCAUGAGGGAGAAGACGGGUAAUGAGUUAACAAUGGUAAUGGUAUUGUAUUUUAUACAACUGAUAUAGAGAAUAAGAUAUUAGCUCGUAAUGGCCUAAAUACGAUAUAAUUUCUCGCCUCGAAUCGGGUAUCGUAUUUUUAUUUAUCUUUUUAUUUUACUUUUAGACGUGAACCUUCCUAAGCUUAAAACUGC